CUCAAUUCCACCACAUUAAUCCAGGCGUGUAUACCCCUACCCGUCAACCUACAUCUGUGUCGUCUAUCCCACCCAACAACAUAUAGAGGCGAUACAUCAUGACGGCUAUCAACAGGAGGGCACGCCUCCCCCCUCAGCAUCUCGUAGGUGACGAGAACGCAGUCCCAUCCCUUACCGCAGCCCGCGCUGCACGCGCUGCCACCACGGGCGUAAAGGACCAGAACACCGGUCUUCGAGCUCGGUCAACAUCUUCAGCAGCUGCAGGAAAGAGCGUUCUCACUGACCUGACAAAGGCUACCGCUACUGCAGCAGUCAGGAAGCGUACGGCUCUGGGACCGGUCACUAAUACUGGGCCGAGUGGCAGCAAGGACGAGAGAGCGGAAGGCCUCCAGAAGCCAGAGGUGAAGCCAGCUUCCAAGCCUAGUACAGUUGCUACCCGCACAGCACUGCUUGCUCGCCAACGAGCUGCAAAUCCUGCCGUGGGUGUACCUCGUCCAGCGUCCGCUGAUCCUCAACCAACUGCCAUCCGUCCUCCGGCACGUCGGACUCGCUCCAAUACCACGACUGUCAGAGAGAACCCAGCACCCGCACCCGUACCGCAUGUUCCUGAAGAAGUUCAUAAAGCGGAGGGUGAUGCGGAUGCGAUGGAUAUCGACUCGCCUGAGGACCUGACGAUCGUUCCCACUCGUCCUCAAGUCCCUCGCCGUACAUCCGCUCGCCUCUCAGCGGGCACCUCGUCAACUGCUACGUCCAACAUACUCCCACCGGUGAAGGUAACAGCAACGGCAGCGGCUCGUCAACCCCUCCGUGCACGAACUGCAACUGCGGCCACGACAGCCGCAACCCGACCCAUUGCAGGCAAUGCGGCCGUGCGUAGGAGCAAGGUUCUUGUUGCUCCACGACCUGUUAUCCCGCAACCUGCUGCCGAGGAGGAUGAACAAGAUGAAGGUGCUGCCGUCAAGAAGCGUCGCACUAGCAGCAUGGAGGCGGAUGAGACUGACGCCCUACAGCCCCGUCACCCCCGGGCUAGGGUGAUAGAGAAUGCCGUCGACACGCGGCGCGAUGUCAAACGCAGAGUACCCGGUGCGGCCUCUAGCUCAAGGGCCACUGGGGUCAGCAGGGAGAUUGUCAGUGCGAAGGUCAAGGUCGAGGUGCUACCCCCCGAGCCUAUCAUCCCAGAAUCUGACAUCGAGGACGGCGACCCCGACCCCGUGUAUGUCAGCGAGUACGCUCAGGAAAUUUUCGAGUAUCUCAGGAAGUCCGAGUUGAAAAACAUGCCCGACCCUCACUACAUGGACAGGCAGAAGGAUUUGACAUGGUCGUUCCGAGACGUGCUCGUCGAUUGGCUCGUUCAGAUUCACGCUACUCUCAAGCUUCUACCCGAGACCUUGUUCCUUUGUAUCAAUAUCGUCGACCGCUUCCUCUCUGCCCGUACCGUAUCCCUAGUCAAGUUCCAGCUCGUUGGCGUUGCUUCCCUCUACCUCGCUGCAAAGUACGAGGAGAUAAGCUAUCCGAUGGUGUCUGACCUUGUGAAGUGUUGCGACGACGGCUACGAUGAACAUGCCAUCCUUGUGGCCGAGGCGUAUAUCCUCAAGAGCAUCAAUUUCGACCUCUCCUACCCCGGUCCAAUGAGCUUCCUGCGUCGCGCUAGCAAAGCUGACAAAUACGAUGUUCAAUCUAGGGCGGUGGCCAAGUACUUCGUCGAGAUGGUCAGUGUCGAUUGGAACAUGAUCACUGUACCCCCUAGCUUGGCGAGCGCAGCAUCAAUAUGGCUUUCCCGCCAUAUCCUCAAACGGGGCGGUUGGACCCCAUCUCUCGUUCGCUUUGCCGGGCAUUCCCAAACGGACAUCAUCCCAGUUGCGCACAAGAUGGUGGACUAUGUUAUACGGGAUCGAGACCAAGGCGUCCAACACGAGCAUUUCUCGAAGAAGUACUCCGGCAAGAACUACCACAAGGUCCGGCAGUACAUUCAAGACUGGGCGAAGAACCUCCCUAAUAUGACGGUCCAGCAAUUCGAAAGGCUGAUGGUCAAGGAUCAGUGAAGAGAAGAGAAAGAACGACGACAAUAUUUGUGUCUAUAUGAAUGUGAUGAUGCUAACUCGCUGUGUGUGUCUCUAGACACUCGUUUUGUCACGACUCGCUUGUGUUCUUUUAUUGCAUCACUACAUAUUCCAUCCUCCAGUUUCUAUCAUGACCAGUAUAUUCAUAACCCCUAUGCUUGCAACGCCUUUACCCUCCCCUUUUCAGACGACGAGCAGGACCAUGUCGCGAGGAUCGAGGAGAGGACGGUGUAUAUGCAUGCCAUGUUUACAAUAUUCUUACAUGGCCAAUGGUAGGAGGUUAAC